AUGAAGAGUGCUUCGGCGGAACAAUCAGCUAAUUCAGCUGAAAGAAUCGAAAACGGCGACAAGGAUAAGAAGAAGAAACGCAAUAGACCUCACCGCCGAUCCAGGAACAGCUCUGUAGGUUGUGUUGAAGACACUCGUGUAGAGGCAUUGGAUUGUAGAGCCAGUGGGAGUAGUAAAGCAAAAGAUUGUAGUAGUUCAUCGAAGAUGGAUUGUUCCAUUGAAUCAAUGAGGGCGUCGAAUGUUGCUUUCCACUCUGUGCCGCCUCCCCGGAGCUACGGAAGUCCGGUGAGGUUCCACUCUCCUGAAGUUAGUAAACAGUUGCUGUCAAAGUCGUGCCCUGAUCCUAGGGAUUGUGAGCAGUCUCCAAGAAUGAACGGUGACUUGUUUCAGCAGAUUGAUGGUACUUCACAGCGGAAGAUUUUCUCUUCGCAUUGGUCUCUUGAUGCUGUGAAUGAAGCUUUAGAGAAAGGUGAAGCUUUCAAGGCGGUCUUUCGGGUGAAUGCUCAUAACCGCAAUGAGGCUUAUUGUAAGGUCGAUGGAGUCCCUACAGAUAUUCUAAUCAAUGGAAAUGUUGGCCAAAACAGAGCGGUGGAAGGAGAUACUGUUGUUAUUAAAUUGGAUCCGCUCUCACUGUGGCCAAAGAUUAAAGGAUUUGUUACGGAAAAUGUUGCCAAGCCUGACGGAACAAACAGUUCCCCAGGGAAAGAUGAGCCUGUGAGCCUUUUAGGAAGAGGCGAGAUAAGUGCUGAAUCUCCAGUCAUGGGACAAGGAGCUAAGAACUGUGUUAGCCGGAGUUCCUCCACACCAUUACUGGAUUCGUGUUUGUGCUCUUCUAGUGAGCAGAAAGGAAAUGGAAGUGCGGUUGAGAAGCUAUGCGGCAUCCUUAGUUCCUUCCCAAACAAACGACCCACUGGACAAGUAGUUGCAGUUGUUGAAAAAGCACCUGUGAGAGAUUCUAUUGUUGGCUUGCUGGAUGUGAAGGGAUGGAUUCAGUAUAAGGGAUGUAAUGGCAAAACGAGCAAGUCUCCUUUGUUUCUUUCUGAUGAAGAAUACAUCCAGCUGAUGCCUGCAGACCCUAGGUUUCCUAGACUGAUUGUUCCCUUCCAUGUCUUACCUGGAAGCAUUAGAGCAAGACUUGAGAGUAUGGAUCCAACUCUCGAGGCAGAGCUGGUAGCUGCCCAGAUUAUGGAUUGGGGCGAAGGGAGUCCAUUUCCCUUAGCUCAUAUCACACAUAUGUUUGGCCGAGGAAGUGAAAUGGAGCCCCAGCUGAGUGCGAUACUGUAUCAGAACUCGGUUUGCGAUGCUGAGUUUUCUCCUGCCUCGCUUGCUAGCCUCCCACGUGCUCCUUGGGAGGUACCAGGAGAAGAGAUUCAACGCAGAAAAGAUCUGAGGGACCUGUGUGUAUUCACCAUCGACCCUUCCACGGCUUCAGACCUCGAUGAUGCUUUAUCAGUGCAAAGUUUACCCGGCGGUUUUUUUAGAGUCGGUGUUCACAUCGCUGAUGUGUCAUACUUUGUUUUACCUGACACUGCUCUUGACACAGAAGCUCAGUUUAGGUCUACUAGUGUUUACAUGCUGCGGAGAAAAGUACCAAUGUUGCCUCCAUUACUGUCAGAGAAUGUAGGUUCACUUAGUCCAGGAGCUGAUAGGCUUGCUUUUUCCAUCUUCUGGGAUUUAAAUAGAGAAGGGGAUGUGACAGAUCGCUGGAUUGGUCGCACUGUUAUACGGUCUUGCUGCAAGCUUUCUUAUGACCAUGCUCAAGACAUUAUAGAUGGGAAGAAUGAUGUUGCAGCGAACGGCUGGCCUGCUCUGCACGGACCUUUCCAGUGGAGUGAUGUGAUUCGAUCCGUCAGACAGCUUUACGAGAUCUCCACCACUUUAAGGCAAAAGAGGUUUAGAAAUGGUGCUUUGCAGCUGGAGAAUUCGAAACCCGGUUUUCUCUUUGAUAAACAUGGAGUCCCGUAUGAUUUUUUGUUGUACUGUAGAAAGCCUUCGAAUCUUCUCGUUGAGGAGUUUAUGCUUUUGGCAAAUAUGACAGCGGCUGAGGUGAUUUCUCGAGCUUACCCUGACAGUGCAUUGCUCCGGAGGCAUCCAGAGCCUAACAUGCGUAAGCUCAAAGAGUUUGAAGGCUUUUGUUCAAAGCAUGGUAUGGAGCUGGACGUUUCUUCUUCUGGCCAGUUCCAGGAGUCGUUGGAGAAACUCACGGAGAACCUCAAGGAUGACUCGGUUUUCGUAGACAUUCUCAACAAUUACGCUAUAAAGCCAAUGCAGUUCGCAUCUUACUUCUGCACUGGGAAUAUGGAUGUUGCUGAGUGGGGUCACUACGCACUAGCUGCUCCUCUCUACACUCAUUUCACAUCUCCGCUUCGUCGGUACCCGGACAUAGUUGUUCACCGUGCGGUAGCGGCUGCUCUUGAAGCUGGGGAGCUGUUGUUGAAGCAAAAAUCAGUUGGUCAAGUGAGAAGCUGCUUUACUGGCAUUCGUUUUGAUAAAAAUGCUGCAGAAUCUAUGGAGGGCAAGGAAGCAUUAUCGUUCGCUGGUUUGAAACAUGGUGUUCCCUCCACUGAAGUAGUUUCUGAUAUCGCUGCUCAUUGCAAUGAGAGGAAGUUUGCAGCUCGGAAAGUCAAAGAUGCAUGUGAUAAGCUCUACACUUGGUGUGUGCUGAAAAAAAAAGAGGUUUUUCCAUGCAAAGCUAGAGUAAUGAACCUGGGAUCAAGAUUUAUGACUAUUUACAUUAGCAAGCUCGGCAUUGAACGGAGAAUCUACUAUGACCAAAUCGAAGGCUUGAGUGCAGAGUGGCUAGAGGCAACAUCAAGCUUAAUCAUUGAUAAACUCUAUUCCAAAAGAGGAGGUGGAAGAGGCUAUUUCAAGCCCUUGAAGGAGGUUGCUUAUCUGGUGAGUCCUUGUGACCUAUGUGUUGCUAAAUGCAGUGCAAUGUCUGUCGAUGAGACCGUGCCGGAAGACGAGGUUGCUCCUGCGGUGUUUCCUUUGACGGUCCAGCUUUUCUCGACCAUUCCGGUGGUUCUUCACGCUGUUGGUGGAGAUGACGGUCCGCUUGAUAUAGGAGCCAGACUCUACAUGACUUCAUAUUAUAAAUGA